GGCCAAAAUUAUGCUUACGAUUAUAACUUUUUAUAGUAAUUAUAAAUAAAAUACAAGAAAUAAGCGUGAUCUAGAAUAUUUGUAUAAUCUAGCCAAAGAUGGAGAACGAUAUAAUAGAUGGUUUGAACGAUCUGGGCUAUGAAGGCCCACUCAACGAUGAAGCGGCAUUUGCUAAAGCCCUAGACGGUGGCCCUAAAUCCCUAGAAUAUACAAAGCUGGUACAUAUACUAGCCGAGGAACUUAAGAAGCUAUGUAAAUUAGAGGAGACAGUUAGUAUGAUGGACAACCCGGACGAAUCCAGCUCGUUUCUGCUCGAAUUGAGCUCAUUUUUAAAAGAAAUUGGCUGUCCGUAUAAGAAGUUGAUAACAGGACAUAUGUCAUCGAGACUCCAAACGCAUGAAGACAGACUGCUGCUUCUAGAUUACCUCAUCUCAGAGCUGAUGGCAGCGAGGAUGGUCAGCGUGGACUGUCCUAAAGAGAAACCGGGAAUGGAUAUUGUUAUGCAAGAAUCACCAACUGCAAAAGAUCUGAAGGACAUACUCAUCACUCUAAAAUUCAACAAACCACCACCAAACAUCACUCCAGAGGUUUUAUUCAAUAAGCUGGAGAUUAAAUUGAGAGAAACUAUACAGAAAGAAGGUGAAACUUUAGUAGGUAAGCCGCUAUACAACAAAGCGCUAACAGACAAAGAUUGGAAGAAUCUAGAGACCAUAUACAAUGAGAUGUACAGAGAGUACAAGUGCAGGAGAGAGACGUUGAUCACUAGACUGGAGUGUACCAUACAGAGUUGUGAGUGGUCCGACCGACUGAAAUCCAAGAAGGACACAAUACAAUCAGUGUACCGUCCCAAGAAGGACCAUCUCAAGGUAAAACCGGACAUCCUGCUGUCAGACUUCUUGGCGGCCAGGACGUCGCUGCUACAAGUGGAGAAGACAUCCAGCGCAAGCGUCAGGAAGAACACACAAAGCGAUGUGAACAAAGUGUUGAUUGGACGGGUGCCAGACCGAGGCGGGAGGCCCAAUGAGCAGCAGCCCCCACCACCAGAGAUGCCGUCGUGGCAACAGAGGUCAGCGCCACAGGGUGGCGGCAGAGGCGGACGCGGUGGGGGCGGUGGCAGGGGUAGCGGCAGAGGCGGCGGCAGAGGCGGAUUCAGUCAGGGACAGGGGCACCAGGGACAAGGCCAAGCAGACUACCAAGGCCAAGGCCAAGGUAACCAAGACCAAGGCCAGGGCCAGGGCGGCUACCGUGGCGGGCGCGGGGGGCGGGUGCAGGGCGGAUACAACCAGGGCGCCGAUCAGAGAGCACAAUCACAACAGCGGAACUACCAAACAUAUGAAGUGCCACCUGGUGGUUAUAGCCAGAACAACUACAGCAACCAAAACUAUAACCAGUAUCAACAACAGACCUACCAAAGCCAAGGAGGCGGCGGCUACACCAGCGGAUACCAAAGCAACCAAGGCAGCCAGGGGUACCAGAGCGGGUACAGCCGGUACCAAAACGAACAUGACGAUAGGACUGACAACAGACGAGGCAGAGGCGGGUACCAGAGACGUUGACAUGAUUAGUAGUGUAUAUAGGCUGUGUUUAACUUUAAGAUCGGUCAAACCAUAAAG